AUGUCCUCGGAAGCGUUAAUAAAGAAACGAGGCACCGUAAAGGCAAGGUUAACUACAUUUCAUACGUUUUUGAAAAAGGCUGAAACCGAUCCGUCUAAAGCUCGAGAGUUACCAUUGAGGUUAGAACGCGCCGAGAAAAUAUUGUCCGAGUUUGAAGAGGUUCAGCAACAGAUCGAGGAAAUCACCGACGUUGAUAACGAUGAGCGUACAAAAUUCGAAGACAAUUUCUUUACGGUCAUUACAUUGGCAAGAGAAUUAGCGGCUAGAUUACGACCGAGUUCGUCACGAGAACCAUCUGUCGCACCGAUGACUACGACCACCACCGAUAUAGCGACACAUGCAAAUUCAUUACUUAAAUUACCGAAUAUAGAUCUUCCGAAAUUCAAUGGUGAGUACGACCAAUGGGUUACCUUUCGCGAUACGUUUGAAGCCAUUAUUGAUUCUAACACGAAUUUAACGAAAAUUCAGAAGUUUUAUUAUUUACAGUCGGCGGUGAAAGGUCGUGCAGCACAGUGUUUUCAGUCUCUAAGUUUAUCAAACGAAAAUUACGACGCGGCGUGGAGAUUAUUAAAGGCACGUUUCGAAAAUAAAAGGCUUAUAGUGCAUCAUCAUAUACAAGCGUUACUUGAUUUACCAAUAAUUUCGAAAGAGUCGUGUAUUACGCCUAAACUGGAUCCCAAAUCCAAACGGGAAUGGGAAUUUAAAUGCGAAUUUGCCUCAUUACCAACGAUGACGGAAUUUAUGGAUUUCUUGAACAAACGAUAUUCUAUUUUGGAAACAUUAUUAUCAUCUAACAAAGAGAAGGACAACGUGCUGCCCGACAUCAAAUCAUAUAAAAAAUCCGUAGCUUUAACUGCACAAUCAACGAACAAGCAGUGUCCAUUAUGCAAAAAUAUUCAUUGGUUGUAUGCAUGUCCAUUGUUUCAGAAAUUAUCGCCACAAGAGCGAGCACGAGAAUCAAAACGAUUAAAGGUCUGCUUAAAUUGUUUGCGGCUCCAUGCCGAUCGCGAAUGUACGUUUGGUGGUUGUCAACGGUGCAAGCGGAAGCACAAUACUAUGUUACAUUUUGAUACUAAUGAUAGUUCACGCGUUAAGACGACUAACGUUGAAGAAUCGGAAUCUUCACAAGCCACGAAUGUUAAUGUUUCGUCACAGGCAAGCAAUACAGUCACAAUGUCACAUUGCGCUAUCAAGAGUGGAGUAUACGCGUUAUUAUCCACGGCAAUUGUUCUUAUACGCGACAGUAAGGGUGAGUACCAAGAGUGUCGAGCCUUACUUGAUUCAGCUUCUCAAAGUCAUUUUAUGACAGAGGAUUUAUGUCAACGGUUGCAAUUAAAGACAUAUAAAACGAAUCAUUUAAUUAACGGUCUUAGUCAGACAAAUGUUUUCGUAAAUCAUAGAGCUAUCGCGAUGAUAAAAUCGAAAUAUAAUAAUUAUCAUACAGACAUGGUUUGUUUUAUAGUAGAGUCUAUUACUGGAAUGCUGCCACCAGACGAAAUUGAUGCACGGCAAAUUACAAUUCCUAAAAAUGUCUUUCUAGCAGACCCGAAAUACAAUAUUCCUGCGAGAAUUGAUUUAUUAAUUGGCGUUACAUUAUUCUAUGAAUUAUUACAGGAACAACGCGUAAGGCUAGGUAAUAACCAACCAAUAUUACAGGAAACGAAAUUAGGUUGGAUUAUCAGUGGUCCAUUUGCUCCUUGUAAGUCCUCGACUCAAUGCACUACGUCACAGUGUCAUUUGUCUACGAACUCACAAAUCCAAGAACAGCUCGAACGAUUCUGGAAGUUAGAAGAGAUCGAGCAUUCAACUCCGUACACAAAGGAAGAACAACUUUGUGAGAAUCAUUUUGUCUCCACACAUCAACGUGAUCAAGACGGUCGAUUCAUCGUGCAACUACCAUUAAAAGACAAGGUUUCUUCACUUGGAGAAUCUCGGGAAAUUGCAGAGAAGCGUCUAAGAUCAAUUGAAAGAAAGUUAGAGAAAAAUCCUGAGCUGAAGGAAGCAUAUAUUAAUUUCAUACAGGAAUACGAGAGACUAGGACACAUGAGCGCGGUGGAGAAUUCUACAGGCGAUGAUAAAAAUGCGAACUACAUUCCACAUCACGCAGUUGUUAAAGCAACGAGUACUACCACUAAGGUACGUGUGGUCUUUGAUGCGUCCUGCAAAACGUCGUCCGGCAAGUCGCUCAAUGACAUACUGUCAGUAGGACCCACGAUUCAAAAUUCAUUAUUUGAUAUCAUGCUGCGAUUCCGGCAACAUAGUUAUGUUAUCACCGGCGAUAUUCAUAAGAUGUAUCGACAGAUCUUAUUAAAUGUCGAUCAACGAGAUCUGCAGCGAAUUUUAUGGCGGACAACUUCGGGACAAAUCCAAGCAUACCGCUUAAACACGGUCACAUAUGGCUUAGCCAGUGCACCAUUUCUUGCAAUACGAUGUCUAUAUCAACUUGCAAUUGAACAUAAAGACACGUUACCUGAAGCAAGCGCGGCAAUUCUACAAGAUUUUUAUGUCGAUGAUUUAAUCACAGGCGGAAAUAAUUUAAAUCAAUUGAAAACUUUAAAAGAAGACGUCACGAGGAUCUUACGCGGUGGAGGCUUUGAGAUGCACAAGUGGAAUUCGAAUAAGAAUUUAAUCUCCAAUGAGGACAACGACAGACCUCAGAAUCCGUAA